UAAAGACAUUGUGUAUUGGAGAAAAAACUGUGACUUACACUAUUAGCCACAGGUCCGAAACAGGACAGUCUGCAAAAGAUGGGAGGUGCAGCAAACCACCUGGUAUUAAGAAACCUGAUCUACUGCGAGAUACAACACAUGUUCUGGACAAAAUAGAAACCAGUACUUUUCCUCAAUGUGCCUAAAUGUAGUACGUUAUACGUAGAUUACCUGCAUCCAUCACCUCUAUAUGGAGUCGGGGCAUUCACAGAUGGAGUGUGACUCUGCACACUCAAUGAUGACAGCGAUUAAGAACCAGAAUGUUUACAGCCCUGGAGAUUAUUACUGCAUUGUGGCCAUGGCAAGGCAACGCAAUCCAUUCUCAGUGAAAAUCCUUUCCACAGAGGAAUUUAUUGAUUUCAAGAUCCUUGGAAAGUCGAUAAUAAGAAACCGCACUAAAGAUGUAAAUGGAGGCACUGUCAACUGGCUGAAAAUGAAAUGGAUGCGUUAUCUCAAAGAUAACCCAGAUACAAUUCACUUUAAGUACAACUAUGAUGAUGUUUAGCAAACUACGUGUCAACGUUAGUGUCUGUGGUCGGCCUUCAAAUUCGUCAAAUGCAUUCAUGCCCAAGUUCAGUGAACUCCCAGCUAUCACAAAGGCAAAAUGGUUAUUAUAUACAUGUAGGAUCUAACAAUGACAUCAGAACGAUGUACAUUCCAACAGUGCCAGCUACUUGGAGUGAUUUUUGUCUGACAUUUUACUAUUAUAUAAGUGGACGUUCAGAUCUAGCCAUCGAACAAUAUGAUAACAUUGCAUCCAAUUAUAGGAGAGUACUCUUCAUUAGUGAGAACAUCGGGCAAUGGAAGUAUAUCAGCUUACAAUUAAUUAACAGUCACAGAUACCUGGAAUUAGUAGGAAGAGCCUCAAACGGAAAGGUAGCAGUCGAUAAUAUUUGUAACAGUAAAGGGCUUUGUGUUGAAAAUAAAGAAACAACUGCAAUGACAUGCCCAUCUAACGUGACUGUGGAGACCGACACUGGAGCGGCCACGGCUUCAGUUAACUAUUCUAGUGCAAUUCAUACCAACUGUGUUAACGAUUCAGUGAUCUCUCCCGAUCCUACUCAGAUCUUUCCAGCUCAUCUUGGGAUUGGAGUUGAACAAUUCACCUUCAUAGCUACAGAUUCGUCGAGAAAUAAUCAUACUUGUACGUUUACAGUAACGGUUAAUGAUACGGAAAAACCUAAAUUAAGUUGUCCAAAGGACGAGACUGUGAAUACUGAUGAGGGUAGUGCCACGGCGUCAGUUGACUAUUCAAGUAAAAUAAAUGCAAGUGACAACUCCGGGAAUACCUCUACAAUCAUACCUUAUCCCAAUGAAACAUUUCCUGUUGAUAUUGGAAUUGGAGUACAUACAUUCACUUUUACGGCUACGGACUCGUCAGGAAACAAUGGUACUUGUAGGUUUACUAUAACUGUCCAAGAUACAGAAAAGCCUACAAUAAACUGUCCACCGGACGAGACCAUUUACACUGAUGAGGGUAGUGCCACGGCGUUAGUUGACUAUUCAAGUAAAAUAAAUGCAACUGACAACUCCAGGAAUAUCACUACAAUCUCUCCUAAUCCCUAUGAAACAAUUCCUGAUGAUCUUGGAAUUGGAGCACAUACAUUCACUUUUACGGCUACGGACUCGUCAGGGAACAAUGGUACUUGUACGUUUACUAUAACUGUCCAAGAUACAGAAAAGCCUACUGUAAACUGUCCACCGGACGAGACCAUUGAUACUGAUGAGGGUAGUGCCACGGCGUCAGUUGACUAUUCAAGUAAAAUAAAUGCAAGUGACAACUCCGGGAAUAUCACUGCAAUUUCUCCUAAUCCCAAUGAAUCAAUACCUGAUGAUCUUGCAAUUGGAGCACACACAUUCAAUUUCACGGCUACAGACCCAUCAGGGAAUAAUGGUUCUUGUACGUUUACUAUAAGUGUCCAAGGUUAG